AACAGUCACCUUUAGUUCAGAAAAAAUGGCAAGUUGUAGAAGUCGUAUGGGCACAAAGACGUGCAGAUUAAGCUCUAUGCUGACUCUGACACUAACUUUCUUCCUGGUUGAGUUAAUUGUUGGCCAUGUGACUCAUUCUCUGGCGCUCAUUGGGGACUCCUACCACAUGCUGUCCGAUGUCGUUGCUCUCAUAGUUGGAAUUGCUUCACUCAGGAUAUCCAAGUUGAGGUCCCACAAAAACACAUAUGGUUGGGCCCGGGCUGAAGUAGUCGGUGCCCUAAUCAACUCAGUCUUCCUAAUUGCUCUGUGCUUCACAAUCCUCACUGAGGCUAUUGAGAGAUUUACGAAUCCAGAAAAAAUUGAACAUCCCCACGUUUUGUUGUAUGUCGGCAUUGCUGGCUUCGUCAUCAAUCUUAUAGGCCUGCUGCUACUGCACGGACACGCACAUGGUCACAGCCAUGGCGGGAGCCACUCACAUAACCACCCCAGUACAACUACCACCGCAACCACCCCUGUUAUCACCACUGAGAGUAUAGUUGUGAAGUCAAGUUCCGAUAAGUUCCUUGCAAACGACCUAAACGAGGUACAGUCAUUGACAGUCAAGACAGCCAUAGCUGCUAUGGCAGCAGUGGGUGGUGGAGAUGAUGAGGAAGAAGAGGACAAAGAUGCCCCCAGCGACACUGCCAGUACUGACACGGAAGAGGGCAUAGUCGAUGUUGACGCCAUUAGGGGAAAGCCUAAAAUUAAGACCAGCACGCAGCUUAACAUGCGCGGUGUCUUCCUCCAUGUGCUUGGAGACGCCCUGGGCUCCGUCGUGGUCAUCAUCAGCGCCAUCUGCAUCAUCUUCAUCGAGCAGGACUGGAAAUAUUUCAUUGAUCCGGUCCUCAGUCUGGUCUUAGUAGCUAUUGUCCUAUCAACAACUAUUCCUUUGUUAAGAGAGUCUGCAUUGAUACUAUUGCAAACUGUACCGACACACAUUAAAGUAUCUACACUCAAAGAUAAGCUAUUAAGCAAGGUGAGUGGCGUGUUAGCGGUGCACGAGUUCCACGUCUGGCAACUGGCUGGCAGUCGCAUAAUUGCAUCUGCACAUAUAAGAUGUCAGAGCUUGAGAGAUUAUAUGAGGAUAGCAGAGGAGGUUAAGUCAUUCUUUCACAACGAGGGCAUACAUUCCACAACCAUUCAGCCGGAGUUUGUCGAGGUAACUACUACUCCAUUCAUUCAUCCCUUCUCUCAUUCAUUCGUUCAUUCUCAUAUAUUCAUUCUCGUCACCAAUCUAUUAAUUAAUUCACAGUCAAACAAUCAGCGUUUUAUUUUCGUAAGUCAAUAUCCGUCAAAAGACAUUCUCUCACACACACAAUGA